UUUGUUAUAAUACAUAUAAUACUGUACAUUGUGAACCCGUGGGUAACGACCAUCCAAACAGAGUGAAAAUAUAUUGACAAAACUGGACAAAUUCUAUGCUGGCAAAAACUUUGGAACAACAGAAACUUGCAACCCUAAUGGAACCUGAGGGGGAUGAAGCAUAUCAUCAACAGCCAAAAGUGUUCAAACCCACAAUUAAUACUCAAUUUCCAUCCACUUCAAGCAAUAAAGAUUCAAUCUUGACAAACCCCAUCUUGCCACAAGAACUCAUCACGGCAAUUCUUGUAAGGCUUCCAGUUAAAUACCUUUUACAGUACAAGUGUGUUUCAAAAGAUUGGUUUAGUUUAAUCUCUAGUCCUUAUUUUGUCAAGACCCAUCUUAGUUUUUCUGCUAAGAAUUGCACCCACCAUAGGUUUCUAUUGAAAUGUAGACACACUGUUAAACAUUGUUCUGUUAGUUCUUUAUUUAAUGAGUCUAGUAUCAAGGCAUUGGAGUUAGAUUGUCCCAUGAAAUCCCCCUAUAAUUAUGUUUGUAUUGUGGGUUCUGUCAAUGGAUUGAUUUGUUUGCGUGUUGGGUUCGGUGGCUUGGUUCUGUGGAAUCCGUCAACUAGAAAGUUCAAGCAAGUAGCUAACCUUAUGUCUACACGGAUGUAUAAAUUCCCGGUCAGUGGCAAGUAUGGUUUUGGAUAUGAUGAGGUUCACGAUGAUUAUAAGGUAGUGAGUAUUUUCUUUGAAAGUAAGAAUCGCUACAUUGCCAAUAUAUUUAGUUUAAAGAGUGAUUCUUGGAGAACACUUGAUGAUUUCCAAGGAAGGGUGCUCUACCGUAGUUGGGGCAAGUUGGUGAAUGGGAAGCUUCACUGGCUUACUGGUGAUGAUGCUUGGGGCAUUAUGUCCAUUGAUUUGGUUGAUGAGAAAUGUAGGAAGAUGGAGCAACCUUGCUAUAGAGAAGAAAAUUUGAUUUUGAAUCUCGGAGUGUUGGGAAGUGAUUUAUCUGUAAUCUGUAAUUAUUGGAGAAAUUUUCAGAUAUCUCAAGUUGAGGUGUGGAUUAUGAAGGAGUAUGGGGUUAAGGAGUCUUGGACGAAACUUUACACCAUCAAAAAUCCUAUCGAUAUGCUUUGUCAGACCCUUUGCAUGUCAAAUGAAGGUGAAUUAUUGGGUGUUUUAGGAUCGACCUUAAUGAUAUACAAUUCAAAGGACGACUUGAGAAGAUAUCCAGAGGUUGCUAAUAUUGAUAGCAGCCUUGAGGCGGAACACUAUGUAGAAAGCCUAGUUUCUCCAAUGUUAGAAAACGAACAAUGACACAACUUUGAAGGCUGCAAAAACUCAGGCAAAUGACAGUUUGUAGCUAACAACUUGUUUUAUCAUGCCUCUACUUUGUGGUCCUAAAGCUCGAUCACCUGUUUGGAAUCACUAUGAAAAGCUUGAAGAAAGUAAUGAUGGAUGGUGCCAUUCGCUGCGUCCUUGGACGGGCUCCUUAAAGUUUCAUGUUAAGCGUUGUUUGGAUCGCAUGGAGCAGGAACAUAUAACUAUUAGGAUUGAGUAGUUAUUGUUUUGUUGACUUGAAUAUGAACUAUUAGUCCUAUGUUAGGACUUAAUAUUCAAAUGUGUGACUGUUGUUUUGGUUCGCUGAAACUCUGGUGGUGCUAGACAAUUUAUUGCUAGUGAACUGCCUGACUAAUGCUUAAUAUUCAAUUUGUGACUGUUACCGUGCUGCUGUAGCUACUAUUUGAUUGCUAUAUUCAGUUAUUAGGUUCUGGAAUUCUUUGAUGGUUAUAGCUGCUGAUUAGGUAUAAGCUACUGUUUGAUUGUUUCUGUGUUUCAUCUUUUUUCUCAUUUCAGGUACUUCGAAGAUAUUGCUUAAAUGUCUGUAUAUCAAUUGUUAUACCUGCUAUUUUCUACUUGCAAUUGGUCUUACUAACAUCGUGUGCUGCUGCCUGCUAAUACUUAUUGAAAACUGUUAGAUUCCAAUUUAAUGAAACUUGGUUCAGGUGCAAAUUACUUGAUAACUGAAAUACCCUAUUAGACUCUCAAGAGUACUAUAUUGGUUGGUCACGUUGUCUGUAAGUGAUUCUCAAUGAAGAAAAAUUUACAAGGUUAAAAUUAUUUUUUAUGUAUAUAUAUUAGACUUUGAACCCCCUUAAGCUUCUUCGUAUUUUUACAUUUUUAUAUUUUGAACCCCCUCGGCAAAAAUCUUGGCUCCGCCACUGCUUUGAAGGCUGCAAAAACUCAGGCAAAUGACAGUUUGUAGCUAACAACUUGUAAGUGUUUGCUCUAUGCAUUUUCCAUGUGUUGUUCUAUUCUGCUUCUUUUGUCAAAUAUAGAACAGUACAUUGCAUAUAUAAGGGCCAUCUUUACACCACAUCUACUUAAAUAUUGUGGUUGUCCUUUUUGUUGUCGCAUAUUUUCGACGAACAAUAACUUUUUGAAAGAACGUUUUUUCACUUAUAGUGUUUGGUGGCUACUGGCUUCUCCAUUCUAAGUAAAUGAGAUUGGUCUUUCUUCUCUUUUAAGCGGUUCUUUGAGGGUACAUAUUGUGCCACUCUAGAUUGAGUAAGACUGUAAGAGUAAUGACCACUAAGGCAAAUAUAACUAUUAGGAUUGAGUAGUUAUUGUUUUGUUGACUUGAAUAUGAACUAUUAGUACUAUGUUAGGACUUAAUAUUCAAAUGUGUGACUGUUGUUUUGGUUUUCUGAAACUCUGGUGGUGCUAGACAAUUUAUUGCUAGUGAACUGGCUGAUUAAUGCUUAAUAUUCAAAUUGUGACUGUUACCGUGCUGC